AUCACCUGUCAGGAGCCGAGCCGCCUGCAGCAGAAACAGCCUGAAUUCAUCCGCUCUGCCGGCCGAAAGGUCUCCAGGCCGCAUUCCUUCACUUGGAGGUCAUAGCGAGCAUGCGGGGGUGACUCGUUGUGCUUUCUCGGAUAAAAUGCGGGUACACGAAGGGGCCUUUCCUCGAAGGCUUACAGAACAGAGCAUUUCCUCUCAAGACGCCUGGAUAACGCUGAUAAAAAAAACCCGCUGCUGCUGAUGAGAGGAGUGGCGCAGUCACGACGCUCCGCCCCUCCGCUGAACCAGCGAGGAGGAAAAACUUUGUCUCCUCUCACUUUUAACUUUACUGAUGUCGCUGGCGUCCGUCCGAAAGAGAAGAGUAGGGACCAGGGGGGGCUAGCGUUUUCAAGCCAGGAAGUUUGAACAUGAAGACCUUCAGCGAGUAGGAAGAAAGCAAAGACACCAAGAAUCUUUUUUGUUGUUGUUGUUGUUGUUAUUUUUGAGUCCAUCAAGAGUUCGGCAUCAUGAAGUCGCUCCGGCGCUUCAGCUUCACUCUGUGGACUCUUCUGGUAUUCAGCGCUCACCUCCCGAACAUUCAGGGUCAGACAGCUAUAAUAGAAACCACAGUAACAACUCUAGCUGCAACCACCACAGCUUCCGCAGCUACAUCUGCAGCUACUACCACAGCAACACUUGCUCCUACAAUCGCAACAGUUGUUGGUGCAUAUGUUAGCACAGCAACAGCUGCACUAACAACUUUAACCACUGCACCAACAACUUCAACCGCUGCACCUGCAACUUCAACCGCUGCACUAGCAACUUUAACUACUGCACCAACAACUUCAACCGCUGCACCUGCAACUUCAACCACUGCACCAACAACUUCAACCGCUGAACCAGCAACUUCAACCACUGCACCAGCAACUUCAACCACUGCACCAACAACUUCAACCGCUUCACCAGCAACUUCAACCGCUUCACUAGCAACUUCAACCGCUUCACUAGCAACUUCAACCGCUUCACUAGCAACUUCAACAGCUUCACUAGCAACUUCAACCGCUGCACCAACAACUUCAGCCGCUGCCCCUACAACCACAUUAACUGAUAUCUCUACAAAAAUGACAGCUGAACGUUCCACCACGACGGCUGAACCAACUACUACAAUUAAGGCACCGGGAAAUGUGACGAAUCUCAGUGUGGAAAGUGUCACAACAUCCUAUGUGAAAGUAACCUGGAACAAAACGGAUGAUGCAAGCUACCGAGUAUACUGGACAAAUGGAGAAAUUACAAAAAAUGAAACAGUAACACAAAACUACAAAAACAUCACAGGACUAUAUCCUGGGAUUCAGUACAAUAUAAGUGUUGCUGCUGUUGCAUCUGAUAAUGUCACUGAAGGAACGCCCGUCAUGAAGACUGCCUACACAAAGCCCGAAGUAGUCACAAAUCUCAAUGUGUUCAAUGUAACAACAUCAUCACUAUUUGUGAAUUGGACCAAACCAAUGGGAAGCAGCUCUUUCUAUAAAGUUCAAUGGAAAGGUGGAAAAAUAAAUGAUGAAAGAAAUGUGUCUGACACAUUUCUGACCAUUUCUAAUCUGACUGCUGGUGUGCAGUAUACAAUUACUGUCACUGCUGUAGCUGCUGAUAAUGUCACUGAAGGAGAGAGCAAUACUACUUUGAAAUACACAAUUCCUGCACAGGUCUCAGGCAUUUUAGCCAUAGGAACCACCUCCAGCUUAUCAGUGAACUGGACAAAAGCAGUUGGGCAGGUUUCCUCAUACYUUGUCCAGUUAUACAAUAACACAAAUUCCUUGAUAAACAACACAGAGCUGAGUAAUGAGACUACACAGUUUAAAUUUGAGUAUUUGAAACCAGGAGUGCUUUACCGUGUUGAGGUUGUCACCAAAAGUGGACCUAAGGAGAGCAACAGAAGUGUUGUUUCUAAUGCAACUUUUCCUAACCCCCCCGRCUCUAUCAAGGUGGACUUUCAGACCAACAGCUCCAUCAGAUUUAGUUGGUCCCUUCCAGCUGAUAUGAACCCUGACCAAUACUUCAUUGUGUCCACUAAAAAUGGCUCUAAUGUUACAACGAACAACUGGUUCCUGAUGGAAAACCUUGAGUCAGGAUCCAAGUACAAAGUUUCUGUAGUCACUGUUGGUGCAUUGGACUACAGAAGUACAGAAGAGAGCACACAAAACUAUACAAAACCCAAUGUGCCUUUGCUCAAUAUCUCCAAUGAGGGAUCCAAUAAUUCAGUCCUGGUAUCGUGGACCAACCCUCCUGGAAAUGUGGAGAAAUAUGAGCUUCUGCUAAACUGCUCCUCAGGUUUAAAUAAAACAGAAGAGCUCAGUUUUUACAACACCUCCUUCAGGUUUCACGACCUGCACGCUGCAGAGCUGUGCAGUGCUGUGAUGAGGUCACACAGUGGGACGUUCAGUGAACCAUCUGAAAUGGUUACAACUGCAACUUACCCAAAUCCUCCUGGGGAUGUUGUCAAACGGAUGCAGACUACCAGUUCUAUUGAACUGGAAUGGGAAAAAGCACCUGAUAUGAAAUAUGCUUUCAGCUUCCACUACAAUCUGACCUACAGUCACUCUCAGGAAGAUGUAAAAAUCCCUUCUGCCAAUACAACUUACAUUUUGUCUCAACUUCUGUCUGGGACUUCCUACAUCAUUUCUGUGACAACUGUGGGACCAAUGGAUUUUGAGAGUAAACCUGUUUACAUCACCGUGACCACAAGACCUUACAACGUGAAGUCUCUCAAACUUGAUCCUGAUGAGGAACGUAUCAAUUCAAGCUGGCACCAACCUGAUGAGUAUAAGAGCACCUAUAGUUUUUUUGUCUCCUGGGAAAGCCACGAUACGACUGGGAGCACCACAACUAAUGGAACUUCACAAAGCAUCACUGGACUGGCAGCUGGUACUAAUUACAGCAUCACCAUCAUCACCAAGACCUCUGAUGAAACAGAAUCUGCCACAGAAAUGGUGUCCAUAUGCACAAAUGCAAGUCCUGUGAAGAGCUUAACAUGUUCUGGACCAAACUUUGGAGGUGCUGAAAUUAUUCUGAAAUGGGACAAGCCCAAUGGAAAGUUCUCUAAAGUUAUGUUUACUGUAAACAAAACUUCCAUUUCUUAUGCGGACGGUACCGUUCACACUAUUUCCAACCUUACUUACCAUUCUAUUUAUAAGAUUGAAGUAGAGACUCAGAGUUGUGGAAAACCAAGCACUCCUCAGUGGAUAACAUGUCAGACAGGUGUCACAAAGCCCAUCAUUCCAUCAGAAUAUGGGAAGCAGGUGUCUACUAAAACCCACAAAACAUUCACACUUCUUAUUGACACUGGCCUGUUAGACGACUCUAAAGGACCAGUGACUCAUGUUGGGGUUCUGGUAACAAGCGAUGACAGUGCCAACAUUCCUAAUAUUGAAGAUUUCCUGGCAAAAACAUACAAUGACUGGAGAUCAAAUUCUGCAAAAGCAUAUCUUGCAACAAUAAUGAACUAUACCAAAACAACGAGGAGAAGUUCUGUUUCCUUGGACAUUGAGAUAGGAAGUGGAUCAAAGUGGGAAAGCUAUGCUAAUGAUGCUCUGGAUCCAAGUGGAAGUUACAGAUAUGCCGUAGUGGUUUGCACAUAUUUGGUUGUGGACUCAGGAAAAAUUGACGCCACCAAAUCAGUGUGUUCUGUAUCAAAUUUGUCGGUUGUGAUUAUUCUCAACCAAGACCCAGCCAUCACCUAUAUUGCUGUUGGAGCAACGUUCGGAAUCUUUGGAGUUCUCUUUGUCAUCCUUAUUGGUUUCAUCAUCUAUUGGAGAAGGUUAUCCCGUAAGGAGUCUCCCGACAUCCAGAUUCAGUCAAUGGAGGGGAAAGUAAGUGUGGCCGUGAGAGUGGAGGACUUUGAAGCUUACUACAGGAAGCAGAAAGCUGACUCCAGCUGUGGCUUCGCUGAAGAAUUUGAGGACCUGAAGCCUGUUGGUACCGCUCAAGCCAAACUGCAUGCACUGGCUCUGGAGAACAAGCCUAAAAAUCGCUACAACAAUGUGCUUCCUUAUGACUCCUCGAGAGUGAAACUCUCUGUUGUCCACGGAAGUCCAAAUGAAGAUUACAUCAAUGCUAACUACAUGCCGGGUUACCUUUCCAGGAAGGAGUUCAUCGCAGCUCAGGGACCUUUACCUGCAACAGUCAACGAGUUCUGGAGGAUGAUCUGGGAGAAGAACGUCCAGACUCUGGUCAUGCUAACACGCUGUAAUGAACAAGGAAGAGUUAAAUGUGAGCAGUACUGGGGUCCUGGCACCAAAUACUAUGAAGACAUCAUUGUGACAACAACCUCUGAAAUCCAACUCGAAGACUGGACCAUCAGGGAUUUUGACAUAAAAAAUGUGAAAACAACAGAAGUCCGCUCAGUCCGCCACUUCCAUUUCACAGCCUGGCCGGAUCACGGCGUUCCAGAAACCACAGAGCUUCUGAUCAGCUUCAGACAUCUGGUCAGAGAGCACAUGAACCAGUAUUCCAGAAACUCCCCCACAGUGGUUCACUGCAGUGCUGGAGUCGGGCGCACAGGCACCUUCAUAGCCAUUGAUCGCUUGAUCUUCCAGAUCGAAAGGGAAAACAUUGUAGAUGUGUACGGCAUUGUUCAUGAUCUGCGAAUGCACAGGCCCCUCAUGGUGCAGACGGAGGACCAGUAUGUCUUCCUAAACCAGUGUGCCUUGGACAUCAUCCGGGCGAGAACAGGGAACAAUGUGGAUCUAAUCUACCAGAACACAGCUGCCAUCUCAAUUUAUGAAAACGUAGAACCCAAAAGGAGAUAUUAGUCUGCUUUUUCAUUUCUUUACAUCUCUCCCUCUCUUUUUGGGUGAGAAAUAACUGAGCAAACAAGUUUAAAGGGAAUACGUUUGUUAGAAACAUCAACCUUUAAGGGUUUAAUCCUCUUUUUUAUAUUUAUUUGUUUAAAAAAAAUAGAGGAAACGGCAUUUUUUUAUGCUUCUGCCUUAAAUUCUCAUACCUGCAUAUUCUUUGCACUGCACACUUAUUAUAAAGUUGCUUUCUACUGUAUAUGACUCACUGAUUUUUAUUUUUGCUCAGGUAGUUUUAUUGUAUACUGUUUUGGUAUUUUUAAAUACACUUUUAAAUCGAACUGUACAAAACAAAAGCUAGUGGUAUGUGCCUUAAAAACAGCAUUCAUGCGUUUACACCAGUAGAGGGCACACUUGUCUUUUUUUCCUAGUUAUUAAACAGGGAUCAUGUGAUAUUUUAAAGGAACUUUAAGUUAUUCUCUCCUUGCCUGACAAACUGUAAGCCAAUAUGAACUGUGCAA